UUUUGGGUUUUUUGGUACUGUCACGUAAUGAAAGGAUUAACAAAACAUUUAAUAUUGCACAUCAAGUCGUGAAAUUUGUUUGUACAGUGACAAUCUGUUUUAAAAAUAGGGUAUUUAUUUGGCUAUUACAAAAAACUAAAAAUUUAAUAAACCAUUUUCUUUAAACACGUAUUUCCUUAUUCCUGGAAGUAUCCAAGGCUAUCAAUUUCAAACUUCUUUGGAAUUUUAGAGGUGGUUUUUCCGAAGAUUAUGGUAAAUAAGUGCUUCCAAACGCAGUAUUCUUUUUGUAUUUGAUAUUGAAACUAUGGCCAACAAAUGCAAGGACUGUGGUUGUACAUGCAAAAGAUGCAUAUCCCAUGAUCACGAUGUUCAGCUUCAUGUAGAAAUUGAAAAUCUCAAACAAAGAUUAUUAGAAAGGGAAAACCACAUUGUCACAAUGGAAACUAAUUUUUUGAAUGAAACACACAAACCUCCUAGUGGAGAGUUAGCUACAAUCAAGGAGGAAUUAUUAACGUGGCAGGAUAAAUAUAAAAGGUUAUAUGAAGCCCAUAGGAGAGUACAAAGAGUAAACCAAGGACUAGAAGAUAAGCUUUUAAAAUUAGUAGAUGUAUGUGAGACUGAAAAAACAACACUUACUAAGGAUGUAGCUACUUUAUCGCACAAAUUAGCUGAUGCCAAUUACAGUGUAAAAAAAUUGAAGGAGGAAAAUGAAAGGUACAAGAAUGAUGUUAGUUUAGCAAUACAAUUUUUACAGUGUAAACAAAGCAACUUUGUAGCACACAAAUACGAUUCGUUACCGCCAGAAGUGCAGUCCCAAGUCUCAAACUACAUGACUACCAAAAAGAAACCGGAGCAACCACGAGUACCCCCAGAAAUUAAAAGCAUCAAGGUUCCCAUUCCCACUUUUCCUCCUACGGCGAUGGUAUAUUCGGUUCCAAAAUCGCCCAACCCCGAACGGAAGUCCGAACCAGAACCUGAAUCCCCUCCGGUGGACAUCGUCUCAGCCGCAAUCAUGGCCAAAGUCUUGGAAGAAAGACAGCGGGAAAGAGCUGCGGUCAAACAUUGUGAUACAUGCACUUGUGCCAAAGGAGUGAAGAUUGUUCAUCAGCUAGAGUGUCACAGCAUCGGCACGCAGACUGGAGAGUACAAGGAGAUGGUGUGUUUGAGGUGUAAUGAGAGUGUAUUGCCCAUAACUAGUAUGAAGAUUGUACGGACUUCAGAACCUAAAACCCACAAAGUCGUUCCUAUUUACCCUUUGGAGAACAUUGAGCCGGUUCUUAAUCAAGCCAACUACAAUAUCGUCAAGGUUCAGCCCAAUAAUUUUUUAGCCGAUAAAAAUGUUGACAUCACCAAAUCCCCUAGUCUAGUCGAUUCGAACAGAAUCGCAUCUAAAGUUAGUCCUAGUUCUGAAAACGUGAUUUUGAAUGAAAUAAUGUCGUACCAGACUGUUAACACGCCAAAGGCUAGUGAAAAUGAAGGAAAACAUCACAGACUGUGUGAUCAACUCAAAUCUAGUUAUGAAAUAGAGUCGACCUCAGAGAAAGGCGAGUCCGAGAAUAAUGAAGAUGCUGGAAGUGCCAAGCUGUCUUCGCCGAAAGGCCCAAGGUACGCCUCCUUAAGAACCCAAGUUGGCAGCAGGAAUAUCCUUCUAGAUAACGCUCACAAUAACAUAGCACCCGUUCUUUUUACACGAUCUUCUCAAAAACUGUUGCCAAAGGAAUCAGCUCCGACACCAGACAGCUUAGAAACGAACUCUAUGGUCAGCGAGAACUCGACGCAAAACCAACAGCGAGUGGAAGACUGGAUCAGGAGUAAUAUCGAUAACGACAUAAGUAGCUCAGAAAAUUCCAGAUCGGAAACUGCCAAAGCUCAUUCUUCAGAAUCUAUCGAUAAGGCUAGAUAUGCGGAAAUGGAGGAGAACGUCAAAAGGUUUCUGUUUGGUAAAAGCGAAUUUUUAAAAACCGUGGAGUUGGGUAAAAAUAAAUAUAAGGAGUUUGAGGGAAAGAGAAGCGACAAGGGAGCAGAUACUGUGAUUGACAUUUAAAUUUUGAGAGAUUUCAUUUGGGUUCAUAUUUUUUAUAAACACUGGAAGUGGUAAAUUGACUCUGUAAAAAGUAGACUAACAGGUUGUUUUGACAUCGUUCGAAUUCUAAAACCAGUUAUUUAAUUUUACUGGUAACAGCCUCAUUUUCAUUUCUUUGAAGACCUCGUUACUUCCAUCGCUAUGACUCUCGCGAUAUUUCAACUCUUCAAUCCUUUCAAAUCUCACCCUGUUCAAUCCAGGUUUGCUUGAUGGUAGUUUUGAUUUUGCGAAAGCUUACACCUUUUAUCAGCGAAGCCCAAUGAUUCCAGGCGCUGAUUAAAUAGCAUGGAGUUUCCCACGAUAAGCCUCAGUCGGUUAUGAACUGCUAUAUCAGUCACAUUUACCACCGGAAAAGUAGUAGUGAAAGCAUGCCUCUCAUGUCCUCCAAAUAUUAUUUUAAAAGUUUUGACGUCUUCUACUAUUUUUAUUAUAAAGUUACACAUAAGUUUUAUUUCCAUGCAACAAAUAACACUUCUUCUGUAUUAUUAUAGCUACAGCUCUUAAAUUUUAUGACAUGUACUGUACAUUUCAUAUUAGAGUAUUCUUGAGUCAGUUUACUACUCUCCAACAGCAAUUAAAAAAAUCAACAUUCCUCUUUUAGACUCAAUUUUUUUAUUUUUGCAAUUUUAAUUAUUAUUUUAUAUUUUUUAUUUUAUAUAUAUAUAUUUUUAAAAUUUUUGCCAAAUAUUUUUUUACUUUUUAUUUAAUUAAUUUAGAUUUAUUCAGUUUACCAUUAUAAAUUAAAUGCUGUGCAAACAUGC